ACAUAGCAUUGCUUUCCCUUAAUUAAACCCCCAAACAUGCAAGUUUAAACAAUAGAAAAAAAUAUUUCCAACCUUCUUGUCACAAAAAUAAAAACAUGUCGACCAAUGAGACUUUAACUGAUUCGCAACUUCAAAUGGUUCCCGCCUAUGGCUCUUCUUCAGACAACAUGAGCGACGGCGAAUCCUCUCGUACGGCUUCGUACAAUGAUCUUGUCCAAAACCCUAAUCUUUUCUUGGACAAGCUCCGUGAUUUUCUCGAAAAAAUUGGCAAAACUCUGGAGUUUCCUACUGUGUGCGGAGAGAGUCUGGAUCUGCAUCAGCUUUUCGUGGCGGUCACAAAACGAGGUGGUCUUCAAAUGGUGAUCAAGAAGCGUAAGGCCAAAGAAGUGACUGAAGCAUUUAACUUGAAGAAACCAUUGACCAACGCAGCAUAUGUUGUAAGGAGGAUUUAUCGGAGGAUGCUCCUUGAAUUCGAGCAUGUGUAUUUCUUUGGACAACCACUUUCUUCAUUCUGGGAGAGAGAAGAAGAUGUGAAGCGCCUUGUGGAGAACGGUGUACAUGACCAAGGUAUACAACUUGGCUCCAUGAUUGAUGAAUGGAUCAUCGAUGGGAAGUUUGACGACGGCUAUCUUGUGACCGUAAAGAUGGGAUCACAGGAGCUCAAAGGAGUGCUUUACCACUCUGCUACUCGCGAAACUCCUCGAAGACGCAAGAAGAAAGCAAAACUGUCUCAUGUGGAUUCUUUGCGCCCUAAGUUCCGCAGAAGCGGUUAUAACUUCUUCUUCGCCGAGGAGCACAAGAGGCUUAAGACUGCGUACGCUGGGCAGGAACGUUCCCUCCUCAAGGAGAUCGGGAACAAUUGGAGGAACCUCUCUCCAUCUGAUAGAGAGAUUUAUCAAGGAAAAGGGGCUGAGGAUAUGGAGAGGUACAAGACGGAUAUGGCUGCGUACAAAUCCUUCGUUGAUUCUUAUGCGGCGGGAAGUGUUGCUGCGACUGAUGAUGCUGUGGCUGAGGCUGAAGCUGAGGGUGAAGGUGAGGAUGAAGCCGAGGCGGGUCUCUAGUCUGUCUUAUCUGCUUGCACCUUUUUUUUAUUUUUCAGCAUUUUAUAAUUUAGCCAUAAAUUUACAUGCGUGUAAUCUUUGCCAACUUUUACA